AAACGGUUUCUUCUCAGAGUUCCUUACGACAGCCGUGUGGACUUCAGAUGCCGUAAAGUGUUUUGUCUCUACACACAUGGUGCAGUAUGGAGGCCAAACCGAAAAAGAAGUCGUUUACGCCUAGAGACGGGAAGAAACCAUCAUUCAGGCCGAAAGGUAAACCAGGAGGAAAACCUCAGGGCAAACGACCAUUCAAACCUCACAACACUGACAAAGCAAAGAGCUUUAAAAGAUCAGCUGGAGAUGGAGGACUGCGGAAAUUCAACAGAAAACCAGCAGAUGGAAAGUUCACAAAGAAGAGAAAACACCCUGGAAGCAAAGAUGAAGAAGGCCCUGAAGGGAAGAAACCUAAAUGGGGUGAAUUCAAACAAAAGAAGAAAGAGUUGAAGCAGAAUCGCCAGCAGAACGAGAAAAAAGAGAGUUACCAGAUUGUCAGCAGAGCAAAGCAAGUGUGGGAGAUUGUAAGACGGAAAGACUGUGACAAGCAGAAAAGGGUCAAACUGAUGAAAGAACUACAGACUCUUGUGAAGGGCAAAAUUAAAACAAUUGCCUUUGCUCAUGAUUCCACGCGAGUGCUUCAGUGUUUUAUUCAGUUCGGCAGUGACCAGCAGAGACAGGAGGUCUUCGAGGAGCUCAAAGAGCACAUCGUGGAGUUGAGUAAAUCGAAAUAUGCUAGAAACAUUGUGAAAAAGUUUCUAAUGUAUGGGAGUAAACAGCAGGUGGGGGCAGUGAUGUCGGCUUUUAAGGGGAACGUCAGACAGAUGCUCAGACACUCCGAGGCGUCUUCAGUAGUCGAGUACGCUUACAACGACAAGGCCAUCCUGUCCCAGAGACUCAUGCUCACCGAGGAGCUCUACGGAAACACAUUCCAAGUCUGCAAGUCCUCAGUUUGUCCAACGCUAGAGAAGGUUUUGGAAGCAAAUCCAGAGAAGUUAGACGGCAUCAUGGAUGAAAUGAAGCAGAUCCUCACACCCAUGGCUCAGAAGGAGGCCGUCAUCAAACACUCGUUGGUCCACAAAGUUUUUCUGGACUUCUUUGAGCACGCUCCAGCCAAGCAGAGGACGGAGAUGAUCGAGUCCAUCAGAGAGGCGGUCGUGUACAUGGCACACACACAUGAUGGAGCCAGAGUCACCAUGCACUGUUUAUGGCACGGCACACCCAAGGACCGAAAAGUUAUAGUAAAAACCUUGAAAUCAUACAUUGCGAAAUUUGCAAUGGGUGAAUAUGCUCAUCUUGUACUAUUGGCUGCAUUCGAUUGCAUUGAUGACACCAAGUUGGUUAAACAAAUCAUCAUCUCAGAAAUGGUUAGUUCCUUAUCUGAAGUAAUUGGUAAUAAAUCUGGUAAAAAGGUGUUGCUUUACCUGCUGAGCCCCAGAGACCCUGCCCACUUCUUACCUGAGAUCAUUCAGGUGCUUGAGAAAGGUGACGGCAACGCACACAGUAAGAAGGAUGUGGCGAUCCGGAGGAAGGAGCUGCUGGAGGCCGUGUCUCCUCCUCUGCUGAAGCACCUGUGUGAGAACGCUCCGUCUAUGGUCAUGGAUAAAGCCUGCAGCGUGGCUGUGAGGGACAUCCUGGGCGCCGCCAUCGGAGAUCUCAGACCUGCCAUGGAGGCCGUGGCGGCUCUGGCAGCCGGACCCCUCACACCGGGAGGAGAAGAUGGCCAGCUUCAUAUGGCAGAGCACCCCGCUGGUCAUCUGGUGUUGAAAUGGUUGAUCGAGCAGGAUGCUAAGAUGAAGGAGGCGGAGAGAGAAGAGCGUUUCUCCAGGAUUCUUCUGCAGAAGGUCGGGCCGGAGAACCUCAAGACGUGGGCUUCAGUCAACCGUGGGGCCAUGGUUCUUUGUUGCCUUCUCCAGAGUGCAGAUGAAAGUGUUGCUGAAGAAGUGAAAGUCAUGCUGAAAUCCAUCCUUCCUGAACUACAGAAGGUCCAGAACUCGAAAGGAGUUGAGGUUCUGCUGGAAAAACUGGUCUGAUCUGCCAAAUCAGUUUUGUUUUGUUUUGUUCGUUUAUUCUUUCCUUUGGAUUUUUAAUUGAAUUUAUAUACUGAUGUAUGUAAAUACAGAACGCUCACAAACAUACCUGAACUGGAGUUUUUAUUUCUUUCUUGAUUAUUAUGAAACCAUUCAAGAACAUGUCCAGGUUAUAUCUCACCUUAAAAGUCAUUGAAGACAUUUUCAUGAAAAUUAAGCAAAUGUAGUAAUGUGGAUAGAAAUGCUAUUAAUGCAUAUUUUUUGUUUUGUACAAUUAAUAUAUGCUGAU